UCCUGUGCAGACAAACAUGACGAACUCGACAGGUGAAGCCGUCAGAGACCAGCUCUCAGAGAACACCUGGUGUGGAGGCGGAGCUUCACGGUGAAGCCGUUCUGUUCGUCAGCAUCACAAACGAUCCUUUGAGCUUCAUGUAACACAUUUAAGCAAAUUCUGGAAGGAGUCUGAGUUACCUGUGGAGUCACACCUGGUUGGGGGGAGGGGUCAUUUAUAGAGCGACACUUUCAUGAUUUUAUUGAAUAUUUUCUUUUUACGACAAUAAAAUCUAUAGCAGUUUCAUGGUUGACCUUUAUGUUGAUGAAAGGCUGAAUAGUGUUGUUUCCUCUGGUUCUGUUGGGUCUUCGGGACACUUUAGACCCGGGUCUGAUUUGCUGUGAAAGGUUCUCACUUCAUGGACCCAAAACUUUAAUUAUUGCAUUUAUAAAGACCCAAAUAUUUAUAAACAUUUAUAAAAACUCAAAUAUUAAUAAACAUUUAUAAAAACUCAAGUACAGGGUUGUGUCAGGAAGGGCAUCCGGCGUAAACUCUGCCAAAUCACGGCUGGUGCUGUUACGCUGUGGUGACCCCGAAAGGGAUAAGCCGAAAGGUGAACGAACAUUUAUAAAAACCCAGCCUGUUCAUCAUUUUAAAACACGUGGUUCCUUCAGGGAGUCUCAGCUAUAUUUUUAUUCAAUUUAACAGAUCUUAAGAUUAUUUAUAUUUUUCCUGUUAGUUUUUUGUAAAUAUUAAAGUCAUUAAUGCCAAACAUGACUGCUAUUUUUGUCUCCGAUUAUUUUUAUUUUAUUUUUUUAACUUAGUUCUGAUUUAAUCUUUUUAUUUAUUUUUUUACAUAAUUUUUCAUGACAGAGAACUUUAUUAGAACAAAUGUUUGAUCUGUUUACAGACCUUAGUGAUGACGUCACGUUGCGGAUUUUUUUUUUUUUUUAAUAAAAAAUUUCCACUUCAUUGUGAUUAAAUGACAUGUUAACUGAUUUUCGCGCGCGGCAGCUGACGCCGGAAGAACCGUGACCGUGUUUGUGAGGUUCGGUCCGGGACGGACGUCACGUUCGGUUCGGCUCCAUCCAGCGGUUGCACCUGCGCGGAUCGUUACCUUUAAGAUGCUCCGGGAUAAAGCCCGGUUUACAUGAACCCGGCACCAUUUUAGCCGGGAGCGCCGCCAUCGCGGUUCGGUCCGUUCGGUGUCCUCGCGGUUCGGGUCGACUCGAGUCCUGAACGGACGGAUUUGGUUUUCUGUCGGCCCACCGGGAGGAGGCGGCGGGGGCGAGAGGCACGGCGGCGCGCGGGCCUGCGAGGAGGGAGCACGCGCCAAGCGCUUUCCCUUUAAAGCGGAGAGGGACAGAGGGGGCGAAGAGGAGUUAAAAAAAAAGGAACGAGUCGGGGAGGGAGGGCGAGAGGAGCCGCUUUGAAAAAAACAGAAACAUGUCAUCCCGCCGAUUCAAACGCCGAGGCGGAGCCACGGACCGCGCGCGGCCUGGAGCCCUCUAGCGAGGGGGAGCGCUCUACGCAACACCGAGGCUUCGACUCCCCCGCGCGGCCUUCAGGGUCCGCCGGGAAUGAAGGCGUCCGGGACCGCAGCGGGACAUGACGGCACGUCCCGCCCGCCCAUCCGCACUCGCGCCGGCCGCCACUUUUCACCGGAGUUUUCCAUUUUAAGUUGUAUUAAAACGACGUCCGCCAUGGCGCCAGGCCGUUUGCCGCCUUUCCAGAAGCAUCUGCGCGGCGUCACAUCAAAGCCUUUUUAAUUGGAGCCAGAGUCCGCGCGCUUCCCGCCACACCGACCGAACCGAGCAGGUGCACGGCCGCCGCGGGCCUCGGGCAGCGCUUCCCCGCGGUCCUCCUCCCUCCCUCCCCCUCUGCGGGCCCGGGCGGGAUGGACACCUCCUGGAGCAAUUUCCUCUUUCAGACGGCGCCGACUCAGAACCAGCCGGAGACGCCGCUGCAGGCCGAGCUGCUGCCGGAGCUGACCGGCCCGGCUCAGAGUCCUCCGGAGGAGCACAUCGUGGCGCCGCCGUCCACCGUGGACACGGCCGCCCUGAGCGAGGAGCCUCUGCAGGUCAAGCCGCUCGCCAAACCCAUCCGCCCCGCCCACAUCUGCGCCACCUGCAACAAGGAGUUCAAGAACAGCUACAACCUGCGGCGCCACCAGUCCGUGCACACGGGCAUCAAGAUGAAGGACCGGGCGGCGCGGGAGAAGGAGGACGUGGCCAAGGCGGCGCGGCUGGAGAAGCCCACCAUCCCGCUGUCCCUCCUCCAGCUCACCCUGCCCCCGCAGCCCGCCGCCGAGGGCCUGCCCCAGCCCAGCCAGCUCGCCACCCAGGACGGCCAGCACAUCGCCGUGUCCAUCGCCCCAGCAACCGUUGCCAUGGCGGCGCCGCAGCCCAUCCAGGCGGUGGUGGUGGUGGGCUCCAUGGAGCAGAACCCCAACCCCCUCCCCCUCCCCAACACCAACCAGGUGAGGAAGAACCACGCCUGCGAGGCCUGCGGGAAGGCCUUCCGGGACGUGUACCACCUGAACCGCCACCGGCUGUCCCACUCGGACGAGAAGCCGUACUCCUGCCCCAUCUGCCAGCAGCGCUUCAAGAGGAAAGACCGCAUGAGUUACCACGUGCGCUCGCACCAGGGCGGCGUGGAGAAGCCCUACAUCUGUCCACACUGCGCCAAGGCCUUCUCCAGGCCGGAUCACCUGAACUCCCACGUCCGGCAGGUUCACUCCACAGAGCGGCCCUUCAAAUGCACGACGUGCACGUCAGCGUUUGCCACGCGGGACCGCCUCCGUGCACACCUGAUCCGCCACGAGGAGAAGGUGCCGUGUCACAUCUGCGGGAAGCUGCUGUCGGCGGCGUACAUCACCGACCACAUGAGAGUCCACAACCAGUCGCAGCAUCACUCCUGCCACCUCUGCAACCGCAGCUUCACCACGCUCACAUACCUGCGGGUCCACGCCCAGAAGCACCACGGACAGGAGUGGAAGGAGAGCGGGGGGGCCCGCGGCGGCUUCGGCGGGACAGGGGCCGGAGGGGUGUUGCUUUGCCAGCUGUGUGGCGUCCAGUGCAAGACGGCCACCCAGCUGCAGGGUCACAUGGGCACCCACGCCCAGCAAGGCGAGCCCAACCCCGACCCGACCAGCGCGGCGCCGGUGGGAUCCACCAGCGUGGCCGUCACCGUCUCCAGCACCAGCGCAGUGGGACUGCUGGUUACUGACUGCUCCAGUAUCGCCCCCCAGCCUCACAGCUAGCACGCUGGGGGGGCGCUGGGGUCGUGGGUGGGGUGGGGCUCGGGCAGCGGAUGGGGUGAGAAGAGGAGGAGACGCAGCAGGAGGUCCAGAUGAGGGUGAACAGGUGAACAGGUGAACAGGUGUGCUGCUGCAUGGAGGGGGCGGCCUCUUGGUUCAGUAGGGGCUGUGUUGGGGGAGCAGAACCGUCCUCCUGUGAUCCGGCCCGGCUGAAAGUCUUUUCUGUUCUGGAGUUCUCCCUCCGGUUCUGCUGACCCGUCCAGCAGCAGCAGCUUCAGGUCCAGACAGCAAAGUCCAGACAGAACACGAAUGUUUGGACGACACCUGAACGACCCGUGCUGAGGCACGGAGGUGGAGGGCUGAUGAUGUGGGCUGCUCGUGUUCUGAACUCGGUGUUCUCCUGCAGGAGCGGCGACGGCGUCUGCGCCCCGCAGAGGUCCGACUGUAGGCCGGGUGGAGGCUCCCUGGACCGCUGAACCAUCUCUGGAUCUGCCUGGAACGCGGUCAGAACGGACCGGACUCGAUGACCAAGAACUUUGUCCGAUUCAGCAGAACUGGAGCGUGGUUUCGCAGUAGCUGCUCUGUUUCGUUUCUCCUCUGGUAGUUUGGUAGAGCCGUCUGUUCUUCAUAUCAGUGUUUGUUUAUGAUCAUGAAGUCGACCUGAUUUGUUGUCUUUUAUUUUGGCGGGACUUUUGGAGCGGGGCGGCGGUCCGUUUCUCAGAGGACAUUUCUGCAGACGGCCCGUCUGUACCCGUGGACUCUUCUGUGCAUAUUGAUUGUACCGAUCAGUGCGAAGCACGUCGUUACUAUGACUGUAUUAAAGGCAGUAAAAUGCAUGAGA